AUGUCCUCAACUCAUUCUGGGCCGAACCCAGGUGGCCCUUCUUCAUCAGUCGCGGUUCACUCAGCUGGCAAUGUUCGUAAGAUCAAUUUCUGCCAGUGGUGUGGUGGCCCAACAAAGCAUGAGAUACCUGAUGGAGAGGAGAAGAUAAGAGCUAUUUGCACGGUUUGUGAUAAGAUUGCCUACGAGAACCCAAAAAUGGUUGUGGGCUGUCUGAUUGAGCAUGAUAACAUGGUCCUGCUUUGCAAGAGGAAGAUUCAACCAUCAUAUGGCCUUUGGACUCUUCCAGCAGGUUAUAUGGAAAUUGGGGAAUCAGCUACAGAAGGAGCAAUCAGAGAAACCUGGGAAGAAGCAUGUGCAGAAGUGGAAGUGCUGUCUCCUUUUGCUCAGUUGGACAUCCCACUUAUUGGCCAGACUUAUGUAAUUUUCUUAGCAAGGCUGAAGAAGCCCCACUUCUCACCAGGUCCAGAAUCAUCAGAAUGCCGAUUAUUUUCACUUGAUGAUAUACCUUUUGAUUCUCUGGCUUUUUCAUCGAUGGUAGUUACCUUAAAAUUGUAUGCAGAAGAUGUAAAGGCUGGACAACUUAAGUUUCACUAUGGUAUCAUCAAUAAAAAGCCUGGCACAAGUCCUUCUGACAUUCAUGCCUAUACUUUGGAUUAUCAUCUACAGUCCUGA